AUGCGGAGGAAGCUGCUGCAGUUCCCGUCCCUCAUCGCGCAGCACGCCCUCCGCGGGGCCCAAAAACCCAGACCCCAACCCCAGCCCCACCACCACCGCUUCCUGCACUCCCCCUCAGCGCCCACAUCCGCGUCCCCUUCCCCCUCCCCGUCGGCCCACCUCCUAUGGAAUCGCCUCUCCGGCGCUGCCGGGGCCUCUCUCCUCCCUCGGACCGCCGCGGACGUCGCAGCGUCCGCGCGGACCGCCGCGUCCCGGUGGUUGGCCGCUGCGCGCGGCGCCGGCUCUCUCGAUCUCUUCUCGUUGCAGCGGCGACGCAGGGCCUCGUGGUGGCAGUUCUCGUCUUCCACUUUCCUCCAAGGCGCGCCCUGGGCGUACUGGAUGGAGUCUCCCGACGGGGCGGUGUGGAUGCUCAUUGGUGCGAAUGUAGCUGUCUUUAUGCUGUGGCAUGUGGCUGAUCCAGGGUUCAUGAGGAGGCAUUUCAUGAUUUCACUAGACAAUUUCAAGAGCGGACGGUUGCACACCUUGCUCACGAGUGCUUUCAGCCAUGCAGAAUCUAGUCACCUCUUUGCCAAUAUGUUUGGCCUCUACUUCUUUGGGAACAGUAUUGCAAAUGUGUUUGGUCCUGCCUUUCUGUUGAACUUGUACGUUGGUGGAGCACUUACUGGAUCGGUAUUCUUCUUGCUGGAGAAGGCUUUUCUAGCUCAUCGGAAACAGGAUUAUGAAGGAUGGGAUACUUCAAGAGUUGCUGGACUUGGUGCAAGUGCUGCAGUUAAUGCAACUAUCCUCCUUCAGAUUUUUCUGUAUCCCAAGGGACUAGUGUAUCUUUAUUUCCUCAUUCCUGUUCCAGCUGCACUUAUGGGCGCAGCCAUAAUUGGUGCUGAUUUACUUAGGUUGAAGCAUGUGAAUGUUUUGGGUGCCUCAUUGUUUCUUGUAUUUAUGUAUGUCGCUCAAGAGUUUUGCAAGGUCAGGGGUGUCAAUUUAACUCGAGAUGGCUGA